AUGGAGCGUCAAGGUGCGGGCUCGACCGUGCCAUCCACCUGCGCUCUCCCCGCCUCCAGUUUUCCUGACUCUGUCUUAACACCGGGUCCAGGUAGGGAAGGAGGAGAGAGUGCGGUAGACGCUGUGCAGGUCUAAAUUCACUAUGAACCAAGGCACACAUAAAUCACCGUCCCUGCUAUCACCUUGUUGUUGAGCACACGGUGGACAUGGUCGGGUACGACGGUGGAACCAUCGUAAGGAUACUAAAAUGGGCUUUUGCGAAAUUGAUUAUUCCGUUGACAUUGGCCGUAGUUAAAGAUUUUCUGCAGUGGCACGGAUCGGGUUCGAUGGAUUGGCGAGUACUUGGGACAGAAGAUUGCUAGAAAAAGUGCUUUCCUUUGAAAAAACUAGGCACAGAGCUCUUUGCUGGCUCAUUCUGUGAACCUGGUUGACGAAAUGAAUACUAUAACGGACUGCAUCAUGGCCAGAGUCCAGAGACUGGGACAGGCAACACGCAUCCUCGGCAAACUGGAAAUUUUGGCUCUGAGGUGCGUUAUUCAAAUUAGCCACAGACUUCAUCGCCAAGCAGGUCGUCUAAACGAUGCUUAUAAGCCUGGACAGACCGCAUGAGGGCAUUGCCACUUGCAAGAGGCUUUGAAGGCCUACAGUUUUGACUGACGAGAGAAGCGUCAGAGCGCCAAGCCGAGUAAGCAUCCAAAGGCAAGUUAAGACACCUGGCCUUGCCGUCCCCAGUUGAGGUACAGCUAGUUGACGAUGACGAACAGGUCAAACGAGUUGGGAAUAACUUAAGAAGCCUACUUCUUCCUUCCAGAAUCGCAUGGUUUCCAGUCUACCGAGUGGAGCAAUUCUGGGAGCGGUACUGAGCAGCCCUAUGACUGCUCUUAUAUCCCCAAUGAACUGCACGCUAAUGCACUCCUUCAGUGUGUUCCCACCUUCACCACAUCGUCCUCCUCCUCCUCCGCAUCCUCCGAGUGCGUCUUGCAGGACCCAAUGAAUAGCGGCAGUCUUGCCCUGAGAGGAUGCGCCCCCUCUAGCCGGGACGCCCACGCCUGUCCCGACUUUAACCUCCUGUCUGAGGGUCACAGUACGUCGCGGCUGUUUGAACGACAGGCCCUCAGUGGCAGGCUGUCCUCGAUGGAAUACGGCAGCCUUCAGAACCCCUCCCAAUCACCCAUCAGCUCUUUCUCCGCAGCGGCUGCAGUGGCCGCGGUCGCGGCCGCCUACAUGUCCUCCUCUACCACGGGCUACUUCCCAGCGGCCGGCAGCGCCUUCUCGACGUCAUCACUCGCCUGUCCCUGCUCUUCAUCAAAGUCAGAAUCCAAGGAGACAGUAGGCAGACAGGUCUUUCCACUGAACUCCAAUGUCAGCCAUGUCGACAUCUCUACGCUGGAUAGGUUCGCGGGGGGACUGUCCGUGCAGCCUUCGGUGAAUAGUGACAUGCCCUUUGCAGACUGUGUGGCACAGGGGCUGAGUAUGAGGGCUGAUCAGUACUUGCAGGUGGAUGCGUCCGGCGCUGACGACUACCUUCUAGGCAAGCAGAAGACUGAGUACUGUGGUGGGAAUUAGUAAGUUCCCUCUUUUCGUCUGGUUGGACUCUAUGCUCAGUCUAUCCGCAUGCCUCUCCAUCGAAAGUUCAGCAGUACUUAGGGCAGUUAUUUUACGGUCAGAUUUGGUAUAUUCCAUACGUUGCCGCAGGAUGGACGUCUCACUUGACCCAAAUGUGAUUAAACCCACUGCUCCCGGUGGGGCCUCGUAGCUCGGGUGGCUAGAACGUUGGUUGUACUAAAGUUUUCCCCUCGCUGUCGUGGAUUCGAAUCCCACCGAGGCGCCGAGAUUUCCACAGCUGAGUUAAAAUGAAUUAUUCAAAAUCUGCCAAAACACCUAUUAAAACAGAAUAUUUAAGGAAAAGAGAGACUGGAUUGACCAUCUGCUGGUUAUUCUAGAUCAUCAGUCGGUCCCAUCGAAUGCGAGGCCUGAGAUACGAAACCGCGUGUAGACAACGUAAGGUGCUCUUGAAUCCUCUACCACCGAGACGCAAAUUCACAUCCUCUCAUCUGUGAACGGGAGUAAUCAGAAUCAUGUCAAGGGGGCUUUUAAAGAUCUAACCUGCUUUUGUGACUGGAUGCAGACUAGAGUGCAUGAAGACUGUUGCGUAUCUACGAGCAUCCCAUAAUUGCAAGGGCAGGCAGUAUAGCUGAAACCGACUCCUCGUUGGCAGCCAACAGAGCUUGGAUCCGAGGGUUCAGUAGCAAAGCGCAGAAAUAUACACCAGCAGAACCUCAUUUAUAGUUUGCGGUAUUUCUGGCCGUUGCAUUUAGCGUGUGGCGAAUGGGAAUGUCUGUCAACCUCUCGACUACUGAGGGCUGAGCACCGUGUAACCGACAAAAGUAUCUUUGGCUCGGAACCCCCGUUAGGAUCCAAACGUCUGUAUGUGGCUAUGCAAUCACGUUAGGUAUUACAACGUCCUUGAAACGUGAUGGUAUGUUUUACUUAGCACUGCUGGUCCACCAACUAUAAAAUGAGUCUUCCGAAUACACGUCAGUGGUAGUGUCCCAGUCUGAGGCACUAAAGGGUGCAUCAAAAGAGCAACAUAAAGUAGGUGGGCUAACUCAUGAAAUGUCAACUUUCGAAAAGAGUAACUAGGUAGGGUUGUAAAACUUGUCAGCCUAAAACAUAAUUAUAUAAUAUUUUAGUUACCUCAGGAUGCCGGCAUUCGAAAGAACUUCCUUCCGGCUGCAUGCCAAAACUAUACUCUGUAAAAAUGACUACUUACGUAGCAUGGAGAUUUCCCAUUGAUUUUCGAUGCUCCAAAAAGUCCAAUUAUAUCUCCUAGAAAGCAUGAAUAAAAAUAUUCAUUCUUUUGCUCAUUUGGUAGAUAAUUAAGUCUUCUUCCAAUCCCAUACUCGAAAGAAGGGUGUUAUUUGGUUUUCAAAAACUUUUCCAAUUCCCGAAUAAUUUUGAACCCGCUCUACAGUUACCUUUGGAUUCUGGGUUUCCAAUUAUAAGCCGUAUAUUUUCAGCGUACGGAAAACCACACAUUUCUCUACGGUAAUAAAGGGGAACCAUAUAGGGUUCAUAAAAUUAAGCAGUGGAUUUGAUCCAUAUUGUUAACUUUGCGAGCCACAUUGGUAAAUGCAGAGACAUGACGAUUUAUGAUGGGCCAUUUUACGGUAUCUAAAAGUCCCACAAUUAUAAACUUUUUAAAAACUGAAUUAUACCGCUCCUUUGAGCACAGAAUUAGAAGAAGACGUAAUUUUCUGCCGAAUGAGCAAAAGAAUGAAUAUUUUUAUUCAUUUUUUCCAUGAACUGUAAUUGGAUUUUUAGGGGCAUCGAAAAUCAAAGAAAAAAUGCAUGCUACUUAAGUAGUCAGUUAUUGCAGAGUAUAGUUUUUGUAUGCAGCCGGAUGGAAGUUCGUUCGAAAGCCGGCAUCCUGAGGUAACUGCAUUAUUAUAGAAUUGUACUGCAGACUGAUUAGUUUUAUAACCCUACUUAAUUAAUCUUUUCGGAAUGACAACGCAUUUCAGAAUUUCGGUUGACAUUUCACGAGUUAGCCCACCUACUGUAUCUUCCGAGCAUUUAAAAGCCCCCCCCCCACUUUUAAUAAAUGCGCGUUAUCCCUGCCAAAAAUGAAAAACUAAUGUAUGGAUCUCUCGACUAGGGAGUUCAGAAUAACCGGCCAUCUAUUAAGCAAUCCCACUUAGUUAUACGAUUAGACUUCUUGAUCAUUCGUCAGGCAUUAAAGGGCUAUCGAGUAGGGUCAAAGGGGCGGAUAGCCUUCGAAUGAAAAAGUAAUACUGAAAAGUAAAAUCGGCAGGCAAACAAUGAAAGCAAACUUGGACUGAACACAGGAAUAUGGACCUCCCCGCACUACACGUUACCUUGGGCUACUUGAUCAGGAUGUACUUAUUCUGUGUCCUAAACUUGGCCCAAACCUUAACGCUAGCCCCCCUAACUCAACGGGGGUCCACUUUAUCGCAUCCUACUUAAACUGGAAAGCCCAUGUUUCCUCCUACAUUGGGACCAGGAGAGCGAAAUUCACGGCUGCCAUCCCUCCCCCCUCCCCCAGUCAUACAGUCACUGGGAUUCAGAUUCUAGGUUUGACUUGUGCCACGAAGAGGCUGGACGUCAGACCCCUACUUAGAGGCUAGAAUAAUAUCUAUUGGAGUUCUGCGAAUAGCCCCAUGUUAUAAGUGAAAAGCCAAUUUGGUAAACACCGGUUUUCGGUAACGCAUCCUCAGGUAAGUACAGUUACAUAUAAAUUGAAGAUAUUGAAAAUUCACAGUGUUUUUAAGCGACUCAGGGGCCAUUAACACGCAUUGUUCCCACGCCACCCUCAUGAUGAAGUCGGCGCGCUAUGAUCAUUGGGACCAGGGGUGGGGGCUGGGAGUGUGACAAAGGUUGUGACCGAUGUUUGUAAGUCGGGUGCGCGGAGCACACAGUGCGAGGCCGUGUCCAAUGUUCUCCUCUACUCUUCGAUUUUACUGUUUGGAGUUGGUCGACGGGUUCGCGCAUUGCUUGCAUACCAAUCCCCGCAAGAUGUUCUGCUUCUUUUCGAUUGGGAAUCUUCCCAAUCACACCUGUCUAUGCAAAGCAGAUAACGCUUUCAUACACUUGGUGACCUAACUCAUGAAAUGUGUUGAAAUUUACGAAUGAUUGCCAACCACUCGCAAACCGACAGCAUUUAAUGAGUCCAAUGCCUGUGUUAAUUGAGUACAUGUUUUAAAGAAUUAAGAAUAUAAAAGAAAUACUAAAGGCAGUGUUGCGUUGUUUAGAAAUGUCGAUUUAUUUUAGAAAAGCGCAAUAUCCCGAAAACGUCAGAAAUGGCCUUCAUUUAGUAAACUUCGUUUUUACAUGUAUGAAAUGUAUUCCCAUAUCAAAAACGUAGUAAAUAUGAAAGUAGAAAUAAAAUAACGUCUAAUAAUAGUGUUUCGGUGAAGUUUACCACUGAAUAUCGUUUAAUAAUUAGUGUGAUUUCAUAUACGACGGUUUGUCAACUGCCUACAUUCUGAGUGUAGAUUCCAAAACAGUUUUUCAUGGUUUCGUGUUAUCCUUGUCUCUUCUGAGUUAAAUGAGAUGGGUCUCAACAAAAGAAACUGGAUUUUGCUUGAUUUCACGGAUGGUGACGUCGUAGGAACAAAAGCGUGCAUAAGGCGACAUACCAUGAGGCCGGUCGGUGCCUAAUAAAUCUAAAUGGAACUGACAGACGUGAUCUUAAACACACCAUUUAGUAUUUAUAGAAAGAACUUUUCUUCCGUUAAAUUAAUUUACACUUUUCGUUCGUUUUGGAUUACGUUGAGUUUCAGAUCGGCCUCGAAAUAUUGCUGAAUACUUCAUGAUUUUCAGUGUUUUCACUUGAUCGUCCACAAAAACAGAUUCUGAAUUACCUGUCACGGACUGUACAGGCAGCAAGCGAAUGUUAUGGUGAUUUUUAUGUUUUGGGACAGCCCAUUAUGUUUCCAUGUUGCAAUAUCAUCUGGCAUCAUCAUUGACUACAACGCAGUGGCUAAUCAGUUAUAAGAAAUCCACAUUCAGAACGAGAUUCUGUUUUACAUGGACUAAUGCAUCAGUAACGUUCUCUUAGGAAUUAUGGUAGUCAACUUAAACUAUAUGCUCCUUUGUUUAGCUCAUCUCGCGGAAGGGGACCACCCAUGUGGCUCACUGAGACGAACGGCGCCUCUGCCCUCGGCUUCCCUCACUAUCGAGAUGCCUUUCCGACAAAGGCGGACGCAUUUCCGGGGCUUCAACGCGACCAGCAGCAACAGCAACAGAGGUCACAGCAGCAACCAAUCUAUCCGCACCCUCUAGUGGGCCUUUCGGCGAUUUCUGCAGCGCCCAGUUCUCUAGUCCGUCCAUUCCCCUUUGGAUACACAUCACAUUUUCCCCAAGCCACCGCUACCGAGGCUUUCAUUAGCCAUUCGGGCAAAGACCGCGAGGAAAGCUUCUUCCAUUCAAACGAGGCCUCUGAUGGUUGCCUUAACAGUGGUACAGCGUCUCCAGGCGCCUACAGGAAGGAUACUGAGACCAGUUUUCAGAGAGUACCUCUGAACAAUGAACAAAACCGGGCGAAAACUAGAGGCGACGCGGCGCAUAAGAUGGCCCACGUGAAGAAACCCCUCAAUGCCUUCAUGCUCUUCAUGAAGGAGAUGCGCGCUAAGGUAGUGGCCGAGUGCACUAUGAAGGAAUCAGCCGCUAUCAACCAGAUUCUCGGCCGAAAGUGGCAUGCUCUGCCACGUGAAGAGCAAGCCAAGUUCUACGAAAUGGCACGUCGGGAGAAGGAGAUCCACCAGCGUCUCUAUCCGGGCUGGUCAGCCAGAGACAAUUAUGCUUUCCAUGCGAAACGGCGUAAGAGUCGAUGCAGAUACCGCAGCUUCGGUGCCGGAGCGGUUAAAAGUGGAGCUGCCUGUAUCGGGAAGAACAGAGAUCAGGAGGGGGGAAGCCCUUCGGAGGAAGUUUCUUCGGGAUUGGUUACCCCAACGACGUCCCCGAACUCGGCCUCAGCAUCCGGAAAAGAUAGCUUCCACGGGUAUUCCUUCAAUUUUGACGGCAUACCUGCUUUUCGCCAGCCGGAGGGGAAAGCGCUAACUUGUUUCAAUCUGAUGGACCGUCAGCCGUUCAGCACAGUUUCAGCUUCACUCCCUGACUGUGAGUUUUAAAGUGGUACAUGCACCGACGUGGGUUCCUACUAGUUCCAUAAUCUGCAUAAAACUUGAUGUUAUUUAUAAAAACCGUAGGCCGUAUCAAACUGUUUCUCGAUCUGAAUAACCCAAACCCUAAGGGGCGGAAUACUGUGCAGAGGGCCUAGAAUCUCAAAAUUGUCUAUAGAGCGCCGGGUGAUCAAUAAUUACUCUCGGUGUAUUCAUACAACCUAAUAUAGCAGAUCCUUCCUCAAAGUAGCCGCAUACACUCGAAACUAUAUGAUGAGAAUAGAUCGAUACGCAUAACUGUCGUGCGAAUAUGCAUCUACUCUAGAACCGUUAGGCGUGACGCCGGCCCGCGGCUCAGAUGAGAUCGCGUUUGGACUUCCAAAAUACUUAAUUAACAACUGACUGUAGUUGGUAUCUCCCUCGCCAGGCCUAAGGCCUUGCUAUCGCUGACCGAUGACGGCUAUUGAGUCGAAAAUGAACACUCUAGUGGCACUCAUCUCUAUCGCCAAAACCUCCCAAGCCAAGCCCUUAGCCGCGUGUUGGGUCCUCCGUUUUGCUAGUAUGAAUAUGACACCAGAGUAAAGUUAUAGCACAAAGAUAUUACAGGCAAGUCCACUUUCCCUCAUCCGUUCGUCUAUGGGAAGCCAACAUCCGAAGGAUCACCCCGUUUACGCAAAAUACUCCGCAUCAAACUUAAGGGUGUGGACGGGUCCGGUCGAAUGAGUCGUGAUUGGAGAGCUGGUGUCAUUUCUCCCCACUGCUGCGUGUUCAGCCAGUCGCGUUAAAAGCAGCCUUCCGGUUUCCCCGACCUAGUUGCUUUGUCCGCAACUGUACCAGGUCAAAUAAACGACUGCAGACGCAUUUCCUCGUGACAAUGGAUCUUUCUGCCCUGGUACCUGACUCCUGUGUGCGUGCAAUACCCCCCCCCCGAAGUGGCUCGAGAAAACGACUGAGGGCUUCCGAAAUUUGAAGUCAUUGCAUUUUGGCCCCUCGUCUUGGGUGCGUAUGCACCGGUCAGCGACGCUGAUCGGAUAAAUAUUUACUCUGAGCAACUGUCGAAGGUACUGAAAUUGAGCAGCCCUGUCCUCUGGUUCUUUGCAGUGCGUUGUGAUUCGCUGAAAUACGCAACCACAGAAGAAAAGCAGAAUAAGCCCAAAACAAUAAUGUACCAAUCUAGUUAUCCCUCCUCCGCUGCUACAUGCAAGUACACUUGUGACUGCUUGGACGGUUGAUGUUGAAGUUAAGUUCUUGCGUAGGUGGUUUUUAGGCCACCACAAGGACAUCAAGGAAAGUCAGUUGGUCGUUUUCCUCCCUAAUUGUUUGAUGACCGGCAAUCGUUGCGAUUUCAUCAUCGGCUUUUGAUGCUGGCGUGAUAAAUAAUCUACUCCGGGACUUUGCAGGAGCUCGCAUUCUCGCUUUAGUCGACGAUGGUACAGGUUCUUUUGCUGUUCCUUUCAAUGAAACCUCAAAAAUAUGACCGUAUUUGACACUGACGAUCCCACCAAACACGCUCAGGCAUCUAAAGCUGAGACAGAGAGGCGACUUGUUUCGGAUGAAUUUUAAACUAGGAAAUACUCAUUCAGACCUUAAUGCAAUUAACUUACUGUCUUUGAUGAAUCUGUAGACUUCAAGGAAGGGGCAGACAGCAUACGAAACAGUUUUAAACAGUGUGAUUCCAUCACGGACUACCGACAAGCACCACCUUGGCUCCCUAAUCCAGCCCUCUACGAGGCUGCCGCUCGACCUGCCUGGUUCACACAGACCCCUGCCUCAGACGGCCACAUCUUAACCUCUUUUGCCUACAACCUCGACGGAGAGUUCUCUGACACCGUUCCGUCGACGGAGUCCCGUCGUAGACCCACCUCUGAGACCUCCACAGAGAACGCCAAGUCCGCCUUUCGCAUGCAUGCUCAGAGGACACCCGGAGACCCCGCAGCCGACUGCAACAGAACCCAAGCCGACCUCUUCGCAGAGACCAUCGUCUCCGCCGCAACGGCAGCAAAUGGCGCAUUCGACCCCAAGCUGGCGCCCACCUGCGAGACCGUCAUGAACCCCUAUGACUUCUGUUGCUCACAGACCUACGGCGGGGGAGGCCAGUUCCGGCCAGGGGAGAAGGGAGGGGAUGAGUACUCCAUUCACGGUGUUUAA